AUGCUCAUCCGACCUGUCCGCCUGCGACGGCUCCCUCUUCUCCGUAUCAUCAUCGCUCUCCUCACCUUGCUCCUCCUCGAUGCGCUGCUCCUCGUGGCAAGCCGCCCGGCUGCUCCGGCUUCUCUGUCGUCACCCGUGAGCCCGCGACACACGGCCGAGAACGGGGGCGACAUCUUCAUUGCCUCGAUACACCGAGACUCGGCGCCCCUACUGCACGCCUCGUGGAGUGACGCACUGCUGCGGCUCGUCGAGGCCCUGGGCCAGGACAGCUCUGUCCACGUAUCCAUCGCCGAGGCCUACUCGAGCGACGGCACCCGCAACGAGCUGAGGCAGCUGCAGCUCGGACUGGAGCGGCUCGGCGCCAGCAACACAUUCACCUACGGCAUGACGGGCCACGAGCUGGCGACGCUGGUCGACAACCCACCCGUGCCGCGGAACAUGAAGGGUGGAUGGCUGUGGCUCGAGCGGGAGAGGCAGUGGGCAUUCCGGGAGACACCGCUGCUGGCCAGCCUCCGGAACGAAGCCCUGGUGCCGCUGAGACGUCUCCAGCAGGAAGAGGGCAGGACGUUUGACAGGAUAUUGUGGGUGGAUGACCACGCCAUCUUCGAGCCGGACGACGUCGUCGAGCUGCUCAACACCCGCGGGGGCAACUAUACGACGGCAUGCGCCACGACGCUCGAUCCGUCCUCGCGUCUCGCAGAGGCCACGGCUACCCGCGACGAUCAGGGGAAUCCGAUCCUAUCGAGCCGCUGGCCGUGGUUUCUGUCCCCGACAUCCCGCGCUGCCGUGCAAAAGGGGGCCCCUGUCGCCGUCCGGUCCUGCUGGGGCGGCCUCGUGGCCAUGAACGCUGCGCCAUUCUACGACAACGACGUGAACCUUGCUUUCCGGGCCAUUGACGAUUCGCUUGCCGACAAGCGCAUCGAAGCGGACGAGACGUGCUUGCUGCAGGUCGACAGGGCGGGGGCGAGGGGCGUCUGGAUGAACCCAAGCGUGCGUCUGGCACGGACGCCAGAGGAAUACGACCGCGUCCGGCGUGGACAGGUGCCCUGGCAGUCUGUCGUCUUGGGAUCCUGGGCGAACCGCCUUGGACGGUGGUUUAGCGCCUCGGCCGUGGACGCUGACCUGCGCUCGAGGGUGCAGGCCUGGUCGAGGGGCGUGCCCGGGCGUAGCCCGGAUAGAUACGAACCAGGCGUCCACUGCUUGUUUGACGGUACACGGGUGGUCAGGCGCAAACCUAUUCUCCGUCUCCCUUGGCAGGCAUAG